CGCACUGCUAAUGCGCCUACUGGUCCUCCAUCUGAACUCGAGACCAAGAUCGCUCAAGCCUUGAUCGAAUUGGAGUCAAAUGUCCCAGAGCUCAAGGCUGAACUACGACCUCUGCAAAUCAGCACUGCUAAGGAAGUGGAUGUAAAAGGCGGAAAAAAGGCUAUUGUCAUUUUUGUUCCCGUCCCUCAACUCAAGGCAUUCAGGAAGGUGCAUGCUAGGUUAACACGUGAAUUGGAGAAGAAGUUCUCGGAUAAGCACGUCGUUUUCGUCGCUCAGCGUCGUACUCUGCCAAAACCAACCAAGACCUCCCGUGUCAAGCAAAAGCGACCGCGCUCGCGCACUCUUACAGAUGUACACGAGAAGAUAUUAGAAGACCUUGUAUAUCCUACCGAAAUCGUUGGCAAGAGGACCAGGUUUGGUGUUGAUGGUGCCAAACUCCUCAAAGUGUGA